CCGUCCGAUGGGCCUUCAUUCCGUCCGAUGGGCCUUCUCGUUCCAUCGUCUCGCCGCUGCCGCAUGCUGCUUUCGAAAAUCCGAAAAAGCCGGCGCUAAAUCCUACAGCCAAAUCCCUGCAACGCGUCCGCUCGCCGAAACUGCCGCCUACACAUCACCCAUCACCAUCGAUUGCUUCGGCUGUCUCCUGCCCCGCGCUCCAGACGGCGACAGCACGCCGCCGCCAGCGCCCCGUUUUCUACGACGCAGCUGCACCUCCGCUCCGUCCCGUCCCAUCGCCGAAACUGCCGCCUACACAGCGCCCUGCUGUCCGUCGUCCUCCGUCCGCAUCCGCCUCUGCCAUCACCAUCGCUUCGGCUGCCUCCUCCCCCACGCUCCAGCAGGUAACAGCACGACGCAGGACGAUGCCGCCGGUGCUCCAGUAGCCUACAUCCUCGGAGGCCCGAACUACCACCCCUCCCCUGCGCUCCAGCCGGCACGCCGCCGCCAGUGCUACGGUAGCCGGCGCUCCAUCCCGUUCCGUCGCCGAAACUGCGGCCGAUCCCCACAAGCCCCUCCCCGGACGCACAUCCCUGCAGACCCCUCCCCCGACGCACGUCCUCGCGUACCGCACGCCGCCUGGUAAAUAAGUCCAUCCGUAACUCCAAAUUGAUGGAGAUCUACACGAAAUUGUCUUUGUCUGUAUUUCUGAAUUUAAAUACCAUAUGUUGCAUUAGCCCAUGAUCUGCUUGACAGAAUGCACAGGAGAGACGUUAAGCCCGUUCAUAUUUUUGUGAUUCUCCUCAUUGUUUUUCAUGGUGUGUUGCUUAAGCCUGUCAAUGUUUCCAUAAUUUUCAUCACAAGAAUUUAUGUCUGUUAAAUGCCUGAAUUCGUAUUAUUGAAAACAUUGGUUUUUCCAAAGCUGCGGACACCAUGUAUAAUAUGGAAACUGCAGUUUGUACAGGCUUUUGUUUAGACCAUUGACCUGGUAAUCUCAUUGGUAAUCUCAUUUGUUAAGUUGCAGUUGGAGACAUCUGGGGAGGAAAGCCCCUAAUUUUUCAGAGUAGUAUUGGCAUUUACAGCAGGUCAAAAUCGAGUGAUUCAGUUCACUGCGUGGCAUCAUUCAAAAUUAGUUUCACAUCUGUGCAUCCUCAUGAAGUGAUGAGGACAAAAGGUCAAUGGCACUGAUAAUAAAGUUUUGUUUUUCAUUGUGCUUGAAAGAAUCAAACAGCACCUUAAGAUCGAUAAAAUCUGUGUCUUUUGCAUAUGAGUGAAUAGAGCUAUAUAUCUUCCAGGUUCAGUCUUCACGUCACCUUAAUCCCUUUUUCACAUUAGCGUUUGUUAUUAUUUGCACUUGUUACCUCUGCUUUUCUGGUUUAUUGCAGAUAAAGCUAAAUGGUUGAAUAUUAGAUCCAACUUUUUGUGAUUCUAUUUUGUUCCGACAUGCAUUGCCUACUAAUCGCAUGGGCAUAGGGCGGUGCGCAGGGACGUGCGGCUCGGCAAAUUGCAGUCAGACCUUGCAGGUUGUCGUCGUAGGUUAUUCACUAAUCCAUAUCACCCUUGUGCAUGUGUUUUAGAUUCACUCUUGCAAGGGGAUCAUCAUGUGCAGGCUAUCAACAAUAAACAGGUCGUAUUAGCACUGUACUUUUGUACACGUCACCGUCAGCAUGCUACAUAGUACGCUGUUGUAACCAAUCAACGAUGUAUGUAUUCGCACUUGUGUAAUUGUGUUCUGAUGGUGCCAUGAUCAUGGCUAAAUUCAUCUGUAUGGACUAUUAGCUGAGUUCCCACAUAAAUGUUGAUAUACUUUUUACCUGUGCCAGGUCUCAAGUACUUCCAUGUCAGCUGCUGAUCUGACGACAUGAUUUUGGUUCUCUACAGCGUGUGAAAUCAGAUGGAUCCUCUGAACAUUACUAAAGGAAAGAAGACCCCGUGCUACCCCAAUGACAGAUGACCAAAGGGAGGAGAAGAACAGGAAGAGGCGUGAGGUGUAUCACCGUGAAAAAAUCAGUGCUCCCUCGAUGACAGAUGAGCAAAGGGAGGAGAAGAACAGGAAACGGCGUGAGGCAUAUAAGAGGAAGAAGAGUCAUGCACUCAACAAGGAAAAUGAUCCAGGUUCGACUUUGCUCAAAGGAGAAAGUGAUAAAAAUUUGACUCCCUUGAAGCCAGUUGAUACAAAUAUUGAAAUAAACAAAAAGAUGCAUAACAAGAAAAAUGAUCCAGUUUCGGCUUUGCUCAAAGGAGAAAGUGAUAAAAAUCAGACUCCCUUGAAGUCAGUUGAUACAAACAUUGAAAGAAACAAAAACAGGCAAAACAAGGAAAAUGAUCCAGGUUCGGAUUUGUUCAAAGGAGAAAGUAAUAAAUUAUUGACUCCCUUGAAGUCAUUGGAUUCAAAUAUUGAAAGAAAUAAGAAGGGGUGUGAAGAUUAUCAGAAAAAGAAUGAUGAAACACGGAGCAAAUCAAUUUCUGCAGAACCCCUUGCACCUAUCAUUUGCACUCCUAUUGUCAUCGAGCCUCCCACAUGUCUACCUUUCAACGAUGAAACAGUAGAUGUAAACCUGGUCAACGUGGUGAAGCCUACUCUAUCCGACACAUGCACAGAUGUCCCACCAGUACUAUGCUAUCAACCCUCGACCGCAUGUGUGGAUACCCCUGGCGUCAGUGUUGGAUCUUGUAAGACAAAGGUUUUAACCGAUGAACAGCGAGCCCAUAGAAAUAAGCAUCAUCGUGAAUUAUAUCAUGAGAAAAAACAGUUGACGUCGCCAUGUGAUGUAGAUCGAAGGGAUAGCAUAAAGCAACGGAGACGAGAAGCAUAUCAUGCAAAGAAAGAGGCAAUCCAGUUGUCAAUAGAUAAGUCAAAGUCUAAGAAGACUCGUGCUCAACUUAGUCGAGAGUACAAGAGAAGACAAAGAGAGUUUCACGAGAACAAUCUACACCCAGAUUCCAUUGCAUGGAAACUCCGCAAUUUACACCUCAACUCAUCUUGCCCUCUGAAGGUCAACCCACAGUAAGAGCCGAGGAUUUGGUUUUUCCAGAGUCAAAUUUAACACCGUUGUACAUCCAAACUACAUCAGAUCAAGUUUCAGAAAACCCACCGCUUGAAAAAAGCAUUGAGUUGCCUAUCACGCAAAAAUUCUGUCGACGCGGAGUUACUGCUGGGGAGAGACAAAACCUAUUAGCGCGGUGUAAUCUCCUAUUUGAGUCGAUGAUAGGAAGAAAUACCAUGAGUUCUUCCGAUGAAACUUCCAGUGUAGAGGGUGUUCCCACUCAAUCUGCCGUCAUCAAUCGCGUUGAAUACCACUUAUUUCUUACCUAAUAUGCUCCCGUCAACACCAAUGUUGCUGGUCACAAAAAUAAUUCAUGCUUCUAUAGGAAAAUCAUGCUGAAAUUCAGCUCAUCACACAACUCCGGGAUCUCAACCAUCCGUUGCUAAUGCAGGGAUGCAACAUUCGAGUAAUGUGAAAUCACCUGACACCAACCCACAUACGCAUGCAUCAUUUGUUGAGGAUGAUGGUGAUGAGGAUGUUGUAUUUGAUGAGGAAGAGGACGAGGGUUACCUUUUUGCCGGACACGAAGAAGAAGACGAAGUCGACGUGGACAUCAACCAUGAUGAUGCAGAUAACGGUGUGCCAGAUGUGUUGGAUCCUUAUGACGUGGUCUUUGCUAAUGUUCCAUCUGAAACACAUAAGUUAGAGGCUGUGGAGAAUUGUGAGCACUGCAAUGCUAAGAAGUUUGAGUAUGAAACUCCAGGUUUUUGUUGUCGUAGUGGGCAGAUACAUUUAUCCACACUCGACAUACCGCCUGAACUUAUGAGGCUAUGGACGGCUUCAGAUGUUGAUGCAAGGCACUUUCGUUCUAACAUUAGAUUCUUCAACGGUCAUUUCUCAUUUACUUCGCUAUAUUGUCACCUUGAUCGCAUGACCACGAACAUGCAUAAUGGAGGUGUGUAUACGUUCUGU